CAUGCGCUGUUUCAGUGUAACCGGAAGUAGAACCAUGCUCGUGUAGCAUUUGACAACCUUGAAAAGACUACAACACAACUACCUGGCAGCUUGCGUGGUAAAACGGAUCCAGUGAUGCCAGUGUCACGGCUACUAUACCCUCUGUACCAGCUGGGAAACCCUCAGCUGAGGAUCUUUCGACCAAACUGGUUCCUGACUCUUGUGAGACCUGGAACAGAGCAGCCUCCUGACACUGUCCAGUUUCGCAUCCCAAUGGAAAUGACCAAGUGUGACAUAAAGAACUACCUGGAAAACAUCUAUAAUGUCCCUGUUGGAGCCGUUCGCACCAGGAUACAGAUGGGCUCCAACAAGAAGAGGAAUCAUCGAAACCAGAAGAUCAAGCAGCCUGACUACAAAGUGGCCUACGUUCAGCUGGCCCAGGGCCAAACAUUCAACUUCCCGGACAUCUUCCCAGAAAAAGAUAAGACGCCAGAGGAGGGCUCCAUGGAAGACAUGGAGCAGAAGUUCAUGGAGGACGAGAGGCAGAGGCAGAAACUUGACCCCAGGAGAGGAGGGGUCACGGAGUGGUUCGGACUCUGAGUCAACCCUCUGACCGGGAACUCUGUGCUCAUAUGGCGUGGCGUGGGUGUUUGAUUGGGAGCGCAAUGCAUUGGCUUACAACGCCACAGUUGUGAUGUCACUUCUAUUUCUGUAAGAAAUACUCACAAGUGUGUAGCAAAGAAGAAUGAGCAUGUGUGUGGGAGACUGGAGACAUGUGUUUGGUGUGUUUGUGUGUGUGAGUGUGAGUUAGUAUUUGCAAGGCUUCGGUCCAGUAACCUGAGCCAGACACGAAUCACAGGAGGAGGAGAGUGGCCCUUGUCCAUCUUUCAUGAAACCAGCCCACUGUACAGAACCUCACCUCAGAUGACCUCCUAUUCUCCCAUCCUGUUCCACCUCCUCUUCUCUGUUUUACAUCAAUACCUCUGCACCUCUUCUUCCUUUGUCCCUCCUCUUUCCUCAGGAGUUUCCUUUCCUUCUCGGCCUGUCUCCUCUGCUGACCCUUUGUCUCCUCGUCCCUGUCCUACGCUGGGGAGAGUAUACUGUGGCAUCCCUAGUAGCCCUGACUCUGAGCCAGUUGGACCAGACUACCUGGACAACCCACAUCCUUUCCUCUUUUAUGAGUUUGCUUUGGAUUAAUUGACCACUUUAGGUAAACAACAAUCGAGAUGUUGUUUGAGCAAAGCAACAACACAGAAUUUGCUGGAGUGGUUUAUUAUUCUGUGGUAGCACCUCUUGCCAUAACUCCGAGAGAAGAUUGUGCCCAGUGUUUGUGUGUGUUUGCUUAGGUUGCGGGACUUGCCAGUGAAUCUGUCUAAUUGUAAGUGCUGUUGGAAUAAGAACUAAUAAAUGGCUGCCUGUCCAAAAGG